UUCCCCCCAACCCUUCGCUGCCGCUGCUGUUAUAUUACCCCAAUAUUUGACCAGGUAAGCACAUUUCCCACAUGUAUCAAUAGUUUUUACCAGUUUAAGGAUGCAUUUAGCCUAUGUGAACACGUAAAAGGGUCGAAAGUAGCCGUCAUCACGUAGGGUAAGGUAGGUCAAAAGUAGAUGUGGCAGGGGGCACACAGAGCUUACUUUCAUUCCAAUAUUUGACCAGGUAAGCACAUUCCCCACAUGUAUCAAUAGUUUUUACCUGUUUAAGGAUGCAUUAAGCCUAUGUGAACACGUGAAAGGGUCGAAAGUAGCCGUCAUCACGUAGGCCAGAGUGGGUCAAAGGUGGCUGGGGUGGGGGGCACACACAGCUCAUUUUCAUUCCAAUAUUUGAGGAUGCCAAAAUAUGCAGCGGCCACAACUAGAUUCCAGCUGCUUUUUUCCCAUAUUUACCAAAAUAUAGCUACAAACAUAAUGCACUAGACCAUGACUUUGAGGUACCUAUAUAAUAAUAAUAAUGUGUUCAUGAGUGAAUUAGAAGACUCAUAUUAGAUAAAUACUUCUUUUUCGUGGAUAAGUUGUGCAUUCUUAUUUCAUUGCUUUGGUCUCUAGUUAGGUACCUACAUGGUGGCACUCCUGGGUUAAAAUUUGUAAUUGAUUUUGCAGGUUACUGAGAGCAUGGCCACUUAUGAGCAGGUUUGGGAUGAUCUGGACCUCUUGGAUCAAUUGGAGGAGCUAGAUGGUGAGAUAGAUGCCGAAGGAGUUGUCGGACGUAGAUGUUGCAGAAUUGUUACAGAUCGGAUGAACCCUUUCACAGCAAUGAGUGAUUAUGAAUUCAUGGACCGCUUCAGGGUCAGGAAAACGUCAAUGUACGACCUAAUUGAAGAAAUUAGAGAUCACCUUCCUGCCCCAAAUGACUCAAGAGGCUGUCCUGUUCCGCCACAUCUCCAAACCCUGAUCGCGAUACGCUGCAUGGCAACUGGAGACCACCAAAUGACUUUAGGUGACUGCCAUGAUGUAUCACAAACAACAGUCAGGCAGUGCCUGAAGGUGGUGUCAAGAGCAAUUGCUAGCUUGAGCAGGCAUUAUAUACAGCCACCUUCGGGCAAUGAUCUGCAGCGUACAAUCCAGGAUUUUCAUGCCAUUCAUGGAAUGCCUGGAGUUAUCGGGGCAAUUGACUGUACACACAUUGCCAUACUGAGACCCUCUGUUGAAAAUUCAGAGGUGUUUCAGUGCAGGAAAGGUUUCUUUUCAUUGAACGUCCAAGCUGUAUGUGGACCUGACCUGCGGUUUCAUAAUGUUGUUGCCCGUUGGCCAGGGAGUGUCCACGACAAUAGGAUUUUCUAUAACAGUAGGCUCUGUGCUGAUAUAGAGGAAAAUUUAAACCCUAGGUAUCACUUGCUUGGAGAUGCUGGCUAUGCCUUGAAGAGGUAUCUGUUGACGCCAGUGUCAGUUCCAACUAAUGAGCACGAGAGGGCUUAUAACAACAGUCAUACCCAUACAAGGAAUACAGUUGAAAGGGCAUUUGGUGUUCUAAAAAGGAGAUUUGGGUAUUUAGGGAAGAAAGUUAGGACAAAUUUAGACACCACUAAAGCCAUCAUAGUUGCUGCAAUGGUACUGCACAAUAUUGCAGUCUAAACUAGACUGAUUUUGCCACAAGAUGGAAGGGACAUGAUAAACAUCGAUAUUAAUGUUCUCCAUAAUGAAGUGCCAAUACAGAGACAGGCGAACGUACUAGGUAGACUGAAAUGGCAGCAAAUCAUUACUGACUUCUUUUAAACAAGAUGGGAACAUUAUUGUAGGUGUAAACAGAUGUCUUCUCUGUCUCCGAACUGUUUCUUUGUAAAGGUGGUCAGAUGGCAUCCACUUGAGCCUUACCGUGGGCACACCCUUCAGACAGUUCUUGAGAGUAAGUAGUAGUUCUAUGUGAAUGGUGUAGUAUAUAUUUCUUUUUGACCAAUUGUUAAAUAAAGCUCAGGUGCUGCCAUAUAGUUUUUACCUUUGUUUUUUUAUAUCACACAAAAGUCAGAACAUGAAAAUUCUUAAAUUAUCUUAAACAUGCAAGAAAUUGGAUGAUGUUAGCAAGGCAAACGCUGAUGUCAGUUGGCAUACAAUAUUUUUACUUAAACAUAUUUACAUAAACUUAAAGCUAUUCCUACAUUCUAAGAUUAUAUUUACAAAAACCUAUUCCUACAAUCUAAGAUUAAUAUGUAUAUUUAAUCUAGAGUUAUAUUUACAUAAACUUAAACUUAUUCUUGCAUUCUAAAAUUUAUAUUUAUAUCUACAUCUAAGCUAAACUUAAAUUUACAUUAAAAUUAUACUCAUUUUUAAUUUGUUUUUAUUGUUUAUUCCUUAAUUCUAGUAAUUUUUGCCGUGCAAUUUCCUUGUAAAGUCUGGCCUCUUCCCGCCUCUCCUUGGCUUCUUCCCAACUCUCCUUGGCUUCUUCCCGCCUCUGCUUGGCUUCUUCAAGACGAACCUGCAUGUGCUGCAUCUGUAGGUCCAUCAGUGCGUCCCUCUUCUCCAGAAAUCUCCGCUGCAUUUCUUCUUUCUUAUUGCUAGCACUUUCUCCUCCUGGUGUGCCAUAUAGUUCAUGGUCCUGAAGUGCCCUCCUGGCACUACGCUGCCUCCUCUUUGCACUUGAGGAUGGACAGGAGGACACUUCGGGUUUGACCACACUGUUUCUUUCCUUGAGUGUCGGCUCUUCUGCUGGUGUCGGUAGAGGUGGCGCAGCGGGCUCUUCCAGAUGAACCA